AUGGCGUACAGAACAGCUUUCAAGACACCAAUAGGAAGGACGCCUUUUCAGUUGGUGUAUGCCCAGGCAAAGAGAGUUCUUGAUAUCUAUGAACUUGAGGAAAUCAGACUUGAUGCUUUUGAAAGUUCAAAAAUCUACAAGGAGAGAACCAAAGCUUUCCAUGACAAGAGGAUUGUUGUUAAGGAGCUUAAGGCUGGAGAUCACGUCUUGCUGUUCAAUUCCAGACUUAAGCUGUUUCCUGGAAAGCUCAAGUCUAGAUGGUCUGGAUCAUUUGAAAUCAAAGAUUUUUUGCCAUUUGGUGCGAUCACUCUCCUGAACAAGGAUGGCAGCGAGUUCACUGUUAACGGUCAACGUGUCAAGCGUUACCUAGCUGAUCAAGAGACACUAGAAGGGUCCUCCAUACCUCUCUAUGAGCCUCACAAAGCAUAA